UUAUAAACAGGCCAUGUUUAUCGGAUCAAAAUUACAGUAUACAAGUGACCAAAAUAGAAUAAUUCGAGACUUGUAUAAUUGAUAAGAUUAAGGUAUAUAGAAAAUAAAUUGGUUAGGAGGGGAUACAAAUGUGGUUAGCCUUACAUUCAAUGAGUUGUGCGAGAUUAAGGAAAUCGGAUCGUUCAAGAAUUCAAAGUACGCUAGUUUUGUAGAAUAUUUAAGUGGAUAGCUACUAGUUAUUAUAAGUAGUAAUGAUAAUUCAAAUACUUUUUUAUCUUUAUUGACUUAACACGGGACAGAUAAAAAAUGCUAGUGUACCUGUAACAGGUUUUGUGAUAAUUUUCGAGUAGAAAACGUAAAUUUAAAAUCUCUAGUUUAGAUGUGUUCUAUGGACUACGAAAUGUUGGUAUCACACAGUCCACCCGUUUUUAGUCAUAGUCCCCCAACCGGAGGUUUUCUCCACGACUACGCAGCUUUAAGGUUAGGCACCGACUUCCCCAGAGCAGCUUUCACCACCUGUAGGUCACUGCAACACUCUAACUCAUUUAAUUCUUUAUCGAAAGUUCCUUCCUUGAAGAUGCCGGCGUUUCCAAAAAGGCCGUGUUUAGUGAUCAGACCGACCGAUGAAUCGAGUUCUGGCGAUGAGGAUCCCACAAGCCCGACGAGACUGAAGAAAAAGGUGGUAUUCGCGGACGACAAAGGUAUGUCGCUGACCCACGUGAGGGUCAUGUCCGAACCCUCAAACGUUCCUCCGCUUUGGAGCUCCCGAUUCCUCGCCGAAGUUACUCAAGGACUGAACGCCGACCCCAUCGGCGAAGUGGACACGUGGGAAAUCACGUUUCCUCAACCGGCCUCCGAUUACGUAACCUUUAGAAAGCGUCUCGACACCGAAAACGUUUCGCUCGAAAAUGUGAUUUUGAAAGAGUCAGAAGAUAAUAUUUGGGGAACCGUUAAGGUUAGGAAUUUAACGUUUCACAAGGAAGUGUUUGUGAGGUGUUCCACAAACGAUUGGAAAAGCUAUGAAGACUGUUUUUGUACAUAUGUGCCAAAUAAUAUGAACACGAACAUAAACGUUUUGUACGAUACUUUCUCCUUCAAAUUCCCCCUACCUAACGCAAAAGUAAAGAAGCUAGAAUUUUGCGUGUGCUUCAGAAGCGAUGGAAAAGAAUUCUGGGACAACAAUCAACAAAAAAAUUACGUUUUGCUGAAGAAAUCGACACUUCAUAGGUCGCUAUCCAACGAUGAUUUAUUUAAGAGAAACGAAAAAGAAAGUAAGUGUGCUAUUAUAGACUCCGUGAAUUCGAUGUUGCCAAACCAAAACCAACUUCAAGGAUUGAUGGUUUUAAUGAAGAAAUUAUCAAGUGGCCGUUAAGUUGGUGUAAUAUGAAGCUGUCUGUAUAAGUUACAAAAAAAAAACGGGUCAAUAUUGAAAUAUGGCCCGGGACUGAAAUCUGUGAUAUAACGAUAUGACCGUAAUUUAUUUGAGAAAUGUGUUGAGUCAGUGGAUUAUUGUUCGCCAAGAGGAGAAAAGUAUGUUCUGUGUUUUUUGCUUUACAUAAAUUAGUACCUACUCAAAAGACUGAUAUUAUAAUUGAUAAGUGUAAAUGUCAUAUUUUAAUAGUUUGAG